AUGAAGGAGCAUCGUCGCAUAGGGCAGGAGCGAAUUACGAAACAAUUCAUCCGUCUAGUUGCACCACAUGGUCACUGCAAAGAGGGUGGGGAAGGCGAUCCCAAUUUCAUCUACAAGGGAUUCAAUUACUCGGUCGAGGCCUGCCAUCGAAGUUGUGCGCAAAAGGUCAUAAUAGAGUUGUGCAAGUGUGGAGAUCCGAUGUUCCCCAUCCCGAAUGGUAAGGGAGUGGCAGCCUGCCGUGCCACCGAUAUGGUUCAACGUGAUUGCCUUCGAAAUGCAACACUUCACCUUGGAGAGUUGUAUUCUAAAGAGAAAGGCGGGAUUCCUGGAUGUUACUGCCACCAACCUUGCAAAGAAACAAAUUAUGAGGUGACCUAUUCGGCAGCUCGAUGGCCAUCUGGUUCAGCAAAGGUGAUGGAUUGUGUACCUGGAGAUUUCAUGUGUCUUGAGAAGUAUCGUAAGAACGCUGCUAUGAUCCAGAUCUUCUAUGAAGAGUUGAAUUAUGAAACGCUCCAGGAAACACCUGCAUACACAGUGAGUUGUUGCCGCUUUAACUACAACUAG